AUGUCACAGGCAGCGGCUCAGCGACUCGAAGAGGAGGUGAAGCUCCUGCGAAAGAUGCAGGAUGAGGCGCAGCAGACGAUGAACACUCGCGCGCAGCUCGUGGCACAGAUGAAGGAAAAUGAAUUGGUGAAGCAAGAGCUCGAUCUGAUCGCUGACGAUGACGAGGGUGCGCGCAUCUAUAAGCUCAUCGGCCCGGUGCUCGUCAAGCAAGAGAAGAAGGAGGCUGCGUCUAAUGGUGAGUUGCAGAAGCUCGAGGCCAACCUUGAGGAGAUGCAGAAAAAGCAGGCGGCCAAGCGCAGGUUCAUCGUCGAGAUGCAGACCAAGCUGCAGCAGCCUCAGUAG